GAUCCAGGGCCAGCGGGAGCAGCAGCAGUGCAGCAGCAGACGAGCAGCAGCAACGCAGCAAAGGAGUUAAUUGCCAACAGACCAGGCAUAGAGAACACGAACGAUGGCAGACAACACCAGGGUGCCACGAUUCAUGCGGCGGUCUUCGUCGACCGUGCAAAAGGUCCCCAUUCUCCACGAAGCACUCACGAAGGAAGCACAGGGAGGAUUGUCAUCGUCGCUGUCAUCAGCUUCGUCGUCAGGAACGUCGAUCUCGAUCGGCAAUGGCAGCGGAAAUGCUGGUGGCCACGGAAACGUUGUCACGGGCAUGAACGCCAUCACGAACGGCAACGGCAGUCCCGGGUACAACCUCCAGAAGAAGAUGAGCUACCGUGUGCGGGACGAGCUGGAGUCGAACACAAGGGACGCCGAGAGUGAUUCGACGCUCUUCAACACGUUGUCGGACACGCAGGGCUUGAAGUCGGUGCGGUCGCACAUGGACUUGGCGAAGACGGCGCACAGUGUGCGGGCGUUGGCCAAGAGACUGAACCGGGCGACGGUGCACCUCAACCUCAGCUCGGUGAUCAUCAUCACCAAGGCUCGGGACAACUCGUUGGUGUAUCUCACGAAGGAGAUGACGGAGUGGUUGCUCCUGAGAGAGCCUUCGCUGGUGGUGUACGUCGACAAGAAUCUCCGGACGUCGCACCGGUUUGACGCCGUCGGGUUGGUGAAGGACAUCCCGCACAGCGCCGAGCGCUUGCGUUUCUGGGACAAGGCGAUGGUCCGGGAGGGGCAGGUGGCGUUUGACUUUGUGAUCACGCUGGGCGGCGACGGAACAGUCUUGCACGCGUCCACGUUGUUCCAGAGCGCUGUGCCGCCAAUCAUACCCUUCUCGCUAGGCUCGCUUGGGUUCUUGACGUGUUUCGAGUUCGAGAAGUUCCGAGAGGUGCUCACGCAGGCCAUCACCAAGGGCGUGAAGACCGACCUCCGAAUGCGCUUCACGUGCCGCGUCCACAAGUGCAACGGCGACAUCGUCUGCGAGCAGCAGGUGCUCAACGAGCUGACCGUCGACCGGGGGCCGUCCCCCUACGUGACGAUGCUCGAGUUGUACGGCGACGACAGCUUGCUCACCGUGGCGCAGGCCGACGGCCUCAUCAUCGCCACCCCGACGGGCUCCACGGCCUACUCCCUCUCCGCCGGCGGCAGCCUUGUCCACCCCGAGGUGAGCUGCAUGUGCAUCACGCCCAUCUGCCCGCACACGCUUUCCUUCAGACCGAUCAUGGUUCCAGACUCGAUCCACUUGAAGUUGAAGGUGCCCCUGCGCAGCCGCUCCACCGCCUGGGCCGCCUUCGACGGCCGCACCCGCGUGCAGCUCGACGUCGGCGACUACGUCACCGUCUGCGCCUCCCGCUACCCGUUCCCCACCGUCAAGAACGAGAAGGACCAGUACUUUGAGAGCGUCAGCCGCGUCUUGAACUGGAACAACCGCAAGGAGCAGCAGAGCUUCAAGCACUUGUUGAGCGACAAGAACAAGAAGCGCUGCGACGAGGACGAUGGCGACCGCAACGGCGACGACUCCGCCAACGAGGCCUUUGACAUCGACUACUCCGACUCCAAUUCCGACUCCGACUCAGACUCCGACCACCCCAGCUGACCCCCUCUGCAUCUGUAUCUUGUAUCUUGUAUCUGUACUUCUAGACCUAACGACCCACGCCAGAAACCUUGCAAAAACAUGUUGCGGUCGAUCGGCCCAAAAGCCCGUUUUCUCCCGCUCCGUGAUGCUCACUGCCUCUUUUUUGCU